GAUAUGGCUUUUAACACGACAGAUUAAAAUACAAUUUUUUACUAAAUAAAAUCAAACGGAUCAUUGUUACUUGUGUUUCAGCAUUGUCAAAACGUUUGUUGUGAACAUGAAAUUUGUAUUUUAUAUUUCAAUCGCCUUGACAGCGGUCGUGGCAUUUGGCGACAAACUUCAGUGUAAAAAUCCCAGUGGACAACCAGUGGAUUGGUUCGUGGCUAUCAAACUUCCGAAACUUCAAGGAAACUUUUCCGAUGGAACAGGGUACAUUUAUAUGGAUUCACAGAAUAAGACCCCUAGUUGGUCGUACCAUCAAGCGGUAACAAUAGAAAAUUCUGCGAUGGGUCACAGCGUCUCUCAGAUAUACGUCUCUUCCGAGAGUCAAAAUGACACCCUGAUGUGGUUAGUGUAUAAUGACGAACCGACCAAUGGACCGGUGCAAAUGACUUUGGGUCACACUAAAGGAAUGGUUGCAGCAGACAAGGAUUCUGGCUAUUGGUUAGUGCAUAGUGUACCCAAAUAUCCUCAGCUGCCUUAUCAAAAUAAUAAUUCGUACACCUAUCCGCCAACAGGAGUGAAAUUUGGUCAAAGCUUUUUAUGUUUAUCCAUGCUAUCUCAAGAACUUGAUAAAGUCGGUGAUCAAAUUAUAAAUAACGAAGCCAAGGUGUAUGGCAGUCAUUUUGGUAAAAAUCUCCAAGACAUAUACCCCAAGUUGUAUAAUGCCACUCAGCCACAUGAUGUACCUAGUAGCGACAUCGAUCCUGUGAGAUUACAGCAUUUACAGACUAUCAAAGGUUUCAAGGUGUUAUCCAUAGCAAAAAAUAGACAAUUUGGAAAAGAUUUGUAUGAAGAUUUGGUAACCAACCUAGCACAAUCGGAUCUAUACACAGAAACUUGGUUGAAUUCGAGAGACAGGUUUAACUCAAGUUGUUCUAAUAAAUUCAAAACAAUGAAUAUUAAAUCGAUAGUCAUGAAGGGUGUAAAACUUAGGUACAAAUCGUCUAAAGAUCAUUCAAAAUGGGCUACUAGUGUAAAUAAUUCAAUCCCUUUAACUUGUAUUGGAGAUGUCAAUCGAGCCGGCGAUCAAACUCGACGAGGUGGUGGCACUGUGUGUAUAGAUUCGUUGAUCAUAUGGAAUGAAUUCAGAAAACUCGUUGACAACAUUGAGAAAUGUAAUAACUAAUAUACUCACUUUUUCAUUUAAUUAAUUACUCAAUACUCUACUGUAACACAUUUAGUUUUUAAGUACUCGUUCAAUGCUUCUUCUCCUGAAACAUUUUAAUAUCAAACAUUUUUAGUGUACCUAUUCAUGUUGUUAGUAAUUAUUAAUUAAUCAAUAAAAUUAAUUUAUAAACUCUCAAA